AUGACCGACAGUGAUGCCAAGGCUACCAAUCCCGUCGUCUUCUUCGACAUUGCGCUUGGAGGGGAGCCAUUGGGUCGAGUGAAGAUGGAGCUCUUCGCCAACGUCACACCCAAAACCGCAGAAAAUUUUCGCCAAUACUGCACAGGUGAGAACAAAAAUCCUCAGGGACGACCGCAGGGCUACAAAGGCAGCAAAUUUCACCGGGUUAUCAGAGAGUUCAUGAUCCAAGGUGGAGACUUCCUCAAUGGCGAUGGCACCGGCAGUACCUGCAUUUACGGCACGAAAGCUUUUGCGGAUGAGAAUUUCCAGCUGAAGCAUGAUACGCCCGGGUUGCUAAGCAUGGCUAACUCCGGCAAAGACAGCAACGGCUGCCAAUUUUUCAUUACCACUGUUCCCACGCCAUUCUUGAAUAAUAAACAUGUCGUCUUCGGCAAGGUUAUCGACGGGAUGGAUGUUGUGCACAAGGUCGAGAACACCAGAGUGAGAGGCGAGAGCAAGCCUGCGACAGAUGUCACAAUCGCACAGUGCGGCGAGAUGUAA